AUGGCUUCAGACCACCCAACCCCUGAAAAGAAGGACAAACAACCUGACGCUGCGGUUUUUAAGCUAGGGAUCUAUGAGAGAGAAAACUUCCAGGGGCAGUGCCAUGAGCUGACAGGAGCUUGCCCCAACCUGCAGGAACUGGGAAUAGAGCGGGUGGGCUCCAUCAUCGUGCACAGCGGCCCCUGGGUGGGUUACGAACAGGCAGGCUGUACGGGGGAGCAGUAUGUCUUUGAGAAAGGCCAGUACCCACGCUGGGAUUCGUGGACUAACAGCAGGCGUGGUGAGAGUCUUGUUGCCUUCCGUCCCAUAAAAGUGGACAGUCAAGAGCAUAAGGUCGUCCUGUUCGAGGCCCCAGGAUUCACAGGGAAGAAGAUUGAGAUAAUUGAUGAUGAUGUUCCCAGUUUCCACGCCCACGGUUACCAAGAGAAGGUGUCGUCAGUACGAGUGCACAGUGGAACCUGGGUGGGGUACCAGUAUCCAGGAUACCGUGGCAACCAGUACGUUUUUGAAAAAGGUGAAUACAAGGAUAUUUCCGAAUUGGGAGCCAAAGCCCCGCAGAUCCAGUCCGUGCGGCGAGUCCUGGACCAGCAGUGGCACUCCAGGGGUGCGUUCGACACCACGGACUGA